UAUUUCUCUCACUCCCUCCAAAGGCCAAAAUUUUCUUUUGGGUUCUGAAAAGGCUUCACUUUUGAUCACCUUCUUCUUCUUCUGGUUCUCAUUGUGAAACCCUUUUCAGCUUUGGGAAACCCCACGUGAAUAACCAGCUCAGAUCACGCUCUCAUUGCUCAGAAGCUGAUCUCUGAUCGUUCAUUCUUGCCUUCCUCACUUGAUUUAUUAGGAAAGCAAUUGGAUAAUGGAGUCUUGUGAUUGCAUUGACACACAGUGGCCCCCUGAUGAACUUCUGGUGAAAUAUCAGUAUAUAUCAGAUGUGUUAAUUGCACUUGCAUAUUUCUCCAUUCCCCUGGAGCUUAUAUAUUUUGUUCAAAAAUCAGCAUUCUUCCCAUACAGAUGGGUGCUCAUGCAGUUUGGUGCUUUUAUUGUUCUUUGUGGAGCAACCCACUUCAUAAACUUGUGGACAUUCUCUAUGCACUCUAAAGCAGUUGCUGUGGUGAUGACCAUUGCCAAGAUUUCUUGUGCCAUUGUUUCCUGUGCAACUGCUUUGAUGCUUGUUCACAUUAUACCCGAUUUGCUAAGCGUCAAAACGCGUGAACAAUUUCUCAAGGACAAGGCUGAAGAACUUGAUAGGGAGAUGGGUCUUAUUCUUACUCAAGAGGAAACUGGAAGGCAUGUUAGAAUGUUGACUCAUGAAAUUAGAAGCACACUUAAUAGAGAUACUAUAUUAAAAACCACCCUUGUUGAGCUUGGUAGGACUUUAGGCCUGGAGGAAUGUGCGUUAUGGAUGCCAUCAAGAAAUGGAAAAAAUCUACAGCUUUCUCAUACUCUAAACUUUCACAUACAAGUUGGUUCUUCUGUCCCACUAAACACUCCAAUAGUCAAUGAAGUUUUCAAUAGUGUUCGAGCUAUGCGUAUACCAUAUACCUGCCCUCUGGCCAGAAUUAGACCUCUUGUGGGAAGAUAUGUGCCCCCUGAGGUUGUAGCUGUGAGGGUACCACUUCUACAUCUCGCCAAUUUCCAAAUUAAUGAUUGGCCUGACCACUCUGGAAGAAAUUAUGCAAUCAUGGUUUUGACUCUCCCUACAGAUAGUGCUAGACAAUGGCGAGACCAUGAAUUGGAGCUGGUUGAUGUAGUUGCUGAUCAGGUAGCUGUUGCUCUUUCUCAUGCUGCUAUUCUGGAAGAGUCUAUGCUGUCCCGUGAUCAGCUUAUGUCUCAGAAUGUUGCUUUGAAAUCAGCUCAACAAGAAGCGGAGAUAGCAAUCCAUGCUCGGAAUGAUUUCCUUGCUGUCAUGAACAAUGAAAUGAGAACACCAAUGCAUGCAAUUAUUGCCUUGUCUUCACUUCUUCUAGAGACAGACCUAACUCCAGAGCAAAGGGUUAUGAUAGAGACUGUACUAAAGAGUAGUAACCUUUUGGCAACACUUAUUAACGAUGUUCUGGAUCUUUCUAGACUCGAAGAUGGUAGCCUAAAGUUAGAUAUUGGAACAUUCAACCUUCAUGGGGUGCUUGGAGAGGUCAUUAAUUUGAUCAAGCCUAUUGCUUCGGUAAAAAGAUUACAACUGAAUUUGAUUCAAGCCCCGGACUUACCAUUCUAUGCUGUUGGUGAUGAAAAGCGUCUUAUGCAAACUAUUUUAAAUAUUGUUGGCAAUGCUGUGAAGUUCACAAAGGAGGGUUACAUUUCAAUUAUAGCUUCUGUUGGAAAACCAGAAUCGUUAAGAGAGUUGCGACUUUCCGAAUUCUAUCCUGCCUCCAGUGAUGGCCAUUUCUUCUUACGAGUUCAGGUUAAGGAUUCUGGUUGUGGUAUUCACCAGCAAGAUAAACCCCAUUUAUUCACCAAGUUUGUACAGCCACAAAGUGGAUCUGGUCGGACUGCUAACAGCGGUGCUGGACUCGGGCUCGCCAUUUGUAAACGGUUCUUGAAUCUCAUGGGGGGUCAUAUUUGGAUCGAUAGUGAGGGAGUCGACAAAGGGACCACAUCCUCAUUUAUUGUAAAACUUGGCAUUUGUAAUAACCCAAAUGACUCCUCUAUAAACGUUCAAAUAGGAGAAGGGGCAAUCCCAAUGAACAUGAACCAAUCCAUAUAGAUUAUCAUGGGACAGCCAUCCACAUAACAAAGAAGCACCAUGGAUUGUUUACCUUGAUGUUGAAGAUUUCUUUUCUUUGUCCGCCUUCGGAGGGGCGGUAGAAGUCGCCAUCACCAACUGGGGUUUAUUGGCAGCCUGAACAUAAUUAUGGUUCAUUGAAACAAAGGCAAGGCUUAGCCUCUUUGAUUCUUUAGUCUGAUGUUGUAUGAUCGCUAAUCCGAGAUAGAUAUAUUAGCAAUGAAAUUGUACUUUAUAUGAGAAAAAUAUGCACAUCCUUCCAAUUUUGUCUUGUAUUAUCAGUAGGGUUCAAUGUCAUCAUUGAUUCUGUGGUAAAGUGAAUUUGUCACUUGAAACCCAUUGCUGCUAUUGAAGUACUUAAUUAUUAGUUUUUUGGGGGGACCUAAAGCAUUAACAAUUAGUCCCUGAAUUAUAAUAUAUAACAAUUAACUUCUUAAUCUCA